GUGGCAACGCCGCCUUUAACUGUCAACGACCAGCUGUUCAAUUCAUACCUAAUUCAAUUAACAAAAUUACAGUAGAGGAGAAAUUGUAUUUUUUUAACGCUUUAAACUUAAGAAGUAUGUACUAGUCAAUGAAUUUGGAAAUAAAAUAGAAGUCCAAUCCAGCAUGUCGCACUACAGCGACGCCGAAAACACCGCGGACUCGUUCGACGAGAUCGCCGGCGGUUCCAACGACGUCAUGCUGCGACGUAGACGCAUUUGGGAUCCGGACAGCGCCUCGAUCACCUCGGAAAUAAAGGAUCUCCUCGACGACGACGCCAACUCGCUGGUCGAGGAGGACUGUAUCGGCUGCCCGCUGCCGUCGACGCCCGAAGACGAGAACGUGCUCGAGACGGAGAUGAGCGACGUGCUUAAGGCGGCAGUUUUAGGUGACGAGCUCGACAUAACGACGCUAGCGCAGAACGCGGCCGGCCAGGCCGAACACGUAGUUAGGAGAUUAAUUCAAGUUAGUUGGAACGUUUGUCACUUUAAUAAGUUACCCGAUUGGUUACAAGAUAACGAUUUUUUAACGCACGGUCAUCGACCGCCACUGCCUAGUUUUCGUGCGUGCUUUCGCAGUAUCUUCAGACUGCACACGGAGACGGCGAAUAUAUGGACCCAUCUGUUGGGCUGCGUGGCGUUUAUAGGUAUCGCCGCAUAUUUCCUAAUGCGACCGACUGUCGAAAUACAGCUGCAGGAAAAGGUCGUUUUUGGAGCGUUCUUUGCGGGCGCCAUUAUAUGUCUCGGAUUUAGCUUCAUGUUUCACACGCUGAACUGCCACUCGCAGUUCGUCGGCAAGCUCUUCUCGAAGCUGGACUACUGCGGCAUAGCGCUGCUGAUAAUGGGAUCGUUCGUGCCUUGGCUGUAUUACGGAUUCUAUUGCCACUUUAAGCCGAAGGUCGUUUACCUGUCGGGCGUGUGCGCGUUGGGAAUCACGAGCAUCAUGGUCAGCCUUUGGGAUAAGUUCUCCGAGUCGGCGUGGCGGCCGUUUCGCGCCGGCGUCUUCAUGACGUUCGGACUGAGCGGAAUCGUGCCGGCGAUCCACUAUGGAAUCAUGGAGGGAUGGCUGAAUAAGAUGAGCCAAACGAGCCUCGGCUGGCUGCUGCUGAUGGGCCUGCUGUACAUUGUCGGUGCGGUGCUCUACGCGCUGCGAGUGCCCGAGCGAUUUUUCCCCGGCAAAUUCGAUAUUUGGUUACAUUCGCAUCAGAUCUUUCACAUUUUCGUGCUGGGCGGCGCUUUCGUGCACUUUCACGGCAUAUCGGAGAUGGCCAUGCACAGGGUAACCGUAGGUCAAUGUGAGAUACCCGAUACGCUUAUUUAUUAAAACAAAUUUUGUGUUACGACUUACACUUGAUUUUUCUCAUUUUAAUGUAAGUGAUAUGUGUGUUGUUAAGACGACCCAUUUUAUUUACGUUAGGUCAUGUUACACGUAUUCCUUAGUUGCACUUUAAGGGCGACAUUAGAGUAUACUUUUUUUUAAACAAAGAUAACCCGUAGGACCAUCAAAUAAACUGAACUGGUAUAUAUAUAAUGUUACAUGUUGAAAUAAAAUUGUGAACAAACUUGUGUUACUUUCCUUCUGAAAGCCGGGCGGGUUAAAUGGUAGAGCAAAUCUAUGGUGGUCGUAUAACAUUGUACUGCUAUUGUCUUGUCUUGUGUCAUGAAGUAUCU